GUUCACCUUUUCAUUCAAGAUCAUGAUGACUUGUUUGUGAGGAUGAUGAAGAGAAGUUUGAGCUGAAUGUUUGCAUUGCUCUCUUCUUUGUCCGCUGGGCGAGGACUCAAGAACGAGCAACAUUCUAGAGAUGCUGCGGUGAAGUUAGAUUGUUAUCGUAACGAGCCUACAACCAGUGUUUCUGUUGCUGCUGUCUUGAACUGCGACAGUGCAGUGCUAGUUGCGCACCGCCGCAGCUUCGCCUUGCCGCUGCUGCUAUCGCCGCACAUGAUGCCAUGAUUAGCUUGUGAUGGACAACACGUUUGUAGAAGAUGGUGGCCACGCGGGGAACAUCCAGACUGAGCUGGAGAGCACUCCGCUGCUGCGUUCUACCUCGGUCAAGCCAAAGCUGCAGAGGCAGAUCACGCUCACCGGAGCCAUUGCCAUGACUGUCAGCACCGUCAUCGGCUCUGGUAUCUUCGUUUCGCCCAACGGCAUUGUGAAGGAGGUCAACUCCGUUGGCGUGUCGCUACUGAUAUGGCUGGGCUGUGGGCUGGCUGCCUGCGCCGCUGCUCUGUGCAUCUGUGAGCUGGGAACGGCCAUACCAAGUGCUGGCGGUAUCUACUCGUUCAUCCUGCGCAUCUACGGCAAGCUGCCAGCGUUCAUGUUCAUCUGGACAUUUGACCUGAUCUCGAACCCGGCCGGCCUGGCUAUUAUCCACCUGACCCUGGCUAAGUACUUUGUGGUAUUGAUAACCGAUGACCCGCCGGACUGGGCACACAAAGUCUGCGCAGUUGGCUUCAUAGUGUGCCUCUGCGCUGUCAACUGCAUCGGCGUCCGCUUCAUGUCACACGUGCAAACGUUCCUCAUGUUCUUCAAGCUGCUGGCAAUACUCGUCAUCGUCAUCGCUGGCAGCAUCUAUCUUGGUGAAGGCAACACAGGGUACAUCGAACACUUCUUCACUAAUUCGACGCUCACUCCGACCUCGUUUACCAAUGCCUUCUACACUGGCCUGUGGGCGUACAAUGGAUGGGAUGCUCUGUUUCACGCUGGAGAGGAGAUGGAGAACAUGGCCACAACACUUCCACUAGCAAUCAAGAUUGGCAUGUCCAUCGUUACACUGGCAUACCUACUUGCCAACAUUGCGUAUAUGUCUCUCUUGUCACCAUUCGAUCUUAUCAACUCCAAAGCUGUUGCAGAGGCUGCGGUCACUGUCAGUCUAGGUAAAGUGUACGGCAAUAUCAUCAUUCCGCUGUUCGUGGCUCUCUCCUGUAUGGGUGCCAGCACCGGCAGUAUAUUCAUGGUGGGAAGGCAAGUGUUUGCUGCCGCCAGAGAGGGGCACUUUCCGCAUUUCCUGAGCCUGCUGCACCCCAAGCGUAACACGCCCAUUCCAGCGCUGGUCUUUCCUUGUGUUAUAGCCGUGCUGCUGUUGUUCUUGCCGACGUCGGGGAUAGAAAAGCUCAUUCACCUCUCUCAGUUCACCAUGUGGAUCUUCUACGGGGCGUGCUUUGCUGGCAUCAUCGUUCUGCGCGUGCGUGAACCUGACUUGCAUCGGCCUUACAAGACUUGGAUUGCGGUACCCGCAAUUCUCACCCUCUUGUCCAUAUACCUGCUCGUCACGCCGUUCAUCAAGCAACCGAUUGCAUCCGUAGUGGUGGUGCUGAUUGUACUGGCCUCCAUUCCUGUCUACUUUCUGGUCAUUGUCCGCUCGUGCUUUGCUGAGCAGCAGCUGAAAGCAGUUUCAGGUUUCCUGAGCCGCAUUGCCCAAGCAGUAUGCUGCGUUACAUCCUAGUUAGUCCCUAGUACGCAGUCUGCUGCCCACUGAUAAGUUAUACCUCACACGACCACGUUUCUAAAUCUGUACCUGCCGUUCAUGGGCUAUAGUCAGGGUGUACGUGUGCUCUCCGUCGCCUCUCUACUACAGUCCAUCAUAUAGGAUAAGAAUCACUCGCCGGCCAUGACUACCCUGCAUACAGCAGGGCUGAUCCACCUGCUCCACGCUAUAUUCCGUAUACUUUGUCCUCUGUAUUCCGUAAAAUUAGUACUCUCUAUUUCAUACAAUUAGCUCUCUAUUUCCUCAACCAUUGUAUACGAAAUCAUAGUGAGUCAUUCUGUUGCUGGUCAACACAGUACAAUAGUACCAGAAGUGAAAAUGAAACAAAAUAUUAGUCUAGGCUUACCUUUAUAGAAUUGUUUUUUUUUAUUCCUCUUCCAUCUCCUUGGCCGUAUCUCCGCACGACCCUGGGUCUAGCGAGGUCCUGUGCACAGCACUGCAUGUGCUCCCUCCACUACAGGAGAAUGUAGUGCAUUUCCCGUCAUGAACCUUUUAAAAAUGUGCUUUUAGGAUUAGUUACUCUUUGCCUUGCACGGAUCGUUUUACGCUGGAUUCCUCUGCCUCCUUUCCCCGUGUGCGUAGCACGUGCGUGCUGUUGCUUACAGUGGCUACAGACCGGUGACUUGAUAUUUCCUAGGUAUACGUGCCCAUCCAAUGUUCUAUUUUCAAUACUCAAGCUUCAUCCUUGUUACAAACAAACGAAACAUGUCGUAUCGGUGUGCCCCGCCGCUUGUCUCUCUUCUUGUUGACAAACUUGACAUUGAUAUCCACACUACUGGACCAUU